GGCAUCAUCAUGGCAAUACAAGUGAAGGUGUGUCAAAGAUUCAUUCGGCAGCGCAAUGUGGGGGAUGGCGCGCAUCGAUGAGUGGAAACCGGUGAUCGCAAUGCUGAUCUUCGACCUCAUCUCUGCCGUGACAACGGCCCUGAUCAAGGCGGCGCUCGAGGAAGGGCUCGACCGUCUGGUGCUCAUCACGCUGCGUCAACUGGUGGCCACAGUCUUCCUUUCUCCAAUCGCAUUUUUCAAAGAACGGAACACACGGCCUAAGCUCACACUGGAGAUCCUCGUGUACCUCUUCUUCAGCGCAGCGUUAGGCGCCGCGCUCUCUCAGUAUACCUUCUUCUACGGGCUGCAGUACACAACAGCAACGUUUGCCAUAACUUUCACCAACCUGGCUCCUGUGCUGACUUUCCUCAUCGCGGUCUUGCUCAGGGUGGAGUCACUGAACAUGAAGAACAAGGCAGGAGCUGCGAAGAUCAUCGGGACACUCAUGUCGUUCGCCGGCGUCAUGCUCCUGACCCUCUACAAGGGUGUGGCCUUGACACACCAAGCAGAGCCUUCAGGCCAGCAUGCAGAAGCAGCAGCUGCAGCAGAAUCUGGCAAGAAGAGCUGGACCCUGGGCACUCUAGCAUUACUGGCAAACUGCCUGUGCUUCUCCUUUUGGCUCUUGCUGCAGUCCAAGCUCACCAAGAAGUACCCAGCACUCUACUCCAGCACCGCAUACAUGUUCCUCAUCAGCUCCCUGCAGGGCGGGGGCCUGACGGCGGCGAUACAGCGGCGGGCAUCGGUCUGGGUCCUCACAAAGCCAGUGGAGAUUGUUACAGUACUAUACACAGGAAUUUUGGGGUCUGGAGUGGGAUAUGUACUGAUGACAUGGUGUGUGGAGAAGAGAGGGCCAGUGUUCACUUCAGCCUUCAUCCCCAUCAUCCAGAUCAUGGUGGCCAUAAUUGAUUUCUUCUUUCUCCAUGAGAACAUCUACCUAGGAAGUGUACUGGGAUCCAUACUGAUGAUAAUGGGCCUCUAUAUUCUGCUGUGGGGAAAGAGCAGGGAUGCCUCGGCGACAGUACCACCUGCCAAAGAGGAAGAGGAUAAGGAGAAGCAAAUCAAAUCAUGAGGACCAAAGCUAUGCAAUUCUUAGGUUGAAAAACUAUGGCAUAUAUUCCUCCUUAGUUUCCUACGCCUACGUAGUUUAACCAAGAGGAAUGGUAUACAGUACUGUUAGUAAUGCAGUUGUCGUAUGCGUUUUCGCUCGCACAACGAGACGAUACGUCGGGCUAAUUUCUGCCUAAAUGUAGCCCAAAUUCUUCAGGUGAUAAAGAGCGGUGGGCAUAGGUUGCCCAUAUCUCAGUACGUUAGAAGGUCACAUCUGUCACACUGAGCAUGAAAAGAAAUAAAAGAAAAGAAAAGAAAGUAUUCUCCGCA